UGCUGUCUCAUCACUCCCUGCUCAUCAGUACCAUUUGGUUUAUGAACUAAAGACCAUGACUGAAGCUCAGAGCUACUGCAGAGAAAAAUACACAGACCUGGCCACUAUAGACAACAUGGAGGACGUGAACCUCUUGAACUCCAUGGUGGAUUUGAGCAGAAUGAUCUACCCAACAUACAGCUAUUUAGCCUGGAUAGGUCUGUACGACGAUGUGAACAGCUGGAGGUGGUCGCUGUCAGACAGAAGUUUCUACACACAGGAGGAGGCUGAGUUCAGGAACUGGGCCUCUGGAGAACCAAACAAUAAAGACAAUAGACAAUACUGCGCACUGAUUAAAGAUGGACAGUGGGCUGAUAAAUCUUGUGAUGUUCUCAGUACAGCAGUCUGCAUGGAUGUCAGAGGGUCAAAUGUCACAUUUGUCUUCAUCAGCAAAACAAUGACAUGGACUGAAGCUCAGAGCUACUGCAGAGCAAACCACACAGACCUGGCCAGUGUGAGAAACAUGGAGGAAAACCAGAAGAUAAUGGAGCUGCUACCUUCAAGACAAGAUAUCUGGAUCGGCCUUUUCAGAGACUCCUGGAAGUGGUCGGAUGGAAGUAACUCCUCAUUUAGGUACUGGAUCACAGGUGAACCUAAUGGGCCCAAGGAGAACUGUGCGGUAGCAGACUUCAGCAGCUCUGGAAAAUGGGUGGAUGUGAUCUGUGAUCACAGGACAGCAUUUAUCUGCUACAGUGGUAAGUCAUGA